CUCCUUCUCUCCACCUGCUCACCAUGCCCAGCAGCUCAGCGUGCUUGCCAGAAAGCUAGCUGAGAAACAGGAACAAAGUGACCAAUACAAUGCAAGUAGUCACUUUAUAUGGAAUCAAGCUCUCAGUCUGCCAGCUCCACAUUAGCAGCUUUAUCAAAAAAAGUGAGUGAAAGAAGCAUGACUCCUGGGCAGGAGCACCCGCCUCCAGCUAGCUCUUUCCUUUCUCUGGCUUCUAUGACCUCUUCAGCUGCCCUGCUCAAAGAGGUUGCUGCAAGGGCUGCAGGCACCCUGUUGGCAGAGAAGAAGAAAUCACUGGUUGCUGAGGAUCCCCUGCAGCUUUCAGAGAUGAAGCAAGAGAAAGCAACUCCACCACAGUCUUUGGAAUUAUUGUUACUGCCAGUCUCUAAGGGAAGAGCAUCCAAACCCACAAGUACAGCCUCAGAAGAAGAAGGAGGAAAACCCUUCCAGUGUCCAAUCUGUGGUUUGGUUAUCAAGAGGAAGAGUUACUGGAAACGGCACAUGGUGAUUCAUACAGGUUUGAAAAGUCAUCAGUGUCCACUCUGUCCGUUUCGCUGUGCGCGUAAGGACAAUCUCAAAUCACACAUGAAGGUUCAUCAGCACCAAGACAGGGGUGAGACCUUUCAAUGCCAGCUAUGCCCUUUUACCUCCUCCCGCCACUUCAGCCUGAAACUCCAUAUGCGUUGCCAUCAGCAUUUCCUCAGGACAGAAUCCAAAGUGAAGGAGGAAAUACCAGAAACUGAGGUGAAGGGGUCACCACAGCUAAAUAGUGACUCCUGCCCGGGACCACAGAGGGAAGGAGUUGGACCUGACCUUAUGGGAUCAGCAUCUGUAUCUAAAACAUCUGAUGUGGCUGGGCAGGCUAGUGGAGGUAUUCCACCUUUACUAGUGAAAGAAGAGCCCAAAGAUGACAAUGGCAUCUCAGCUGCACCUUUUGCUCUUAGUACUGUUGACAGAGCCCCCAACAACACAAAGCUGAAAGACUCUGACUUUGUGGCCAGUACAGCAUCAGCACUAUUCAGCCAAGACAUCUCUGUCAAGAUGGCAUCAGAUUUUCUUAUGAAGCUGUCAGCUGCAAAUCAAAAAGAGCCCUUGACUCCAAAGUUCAAAGUGAAAGACGAGCCUAAGGAUGAAGAAGCUGCAAGUUCAACCUUGUCUCAGUCCAGCUAUGUGUUCAGCCAGGAAUCUGAAGCCUCAGCUCCCAGUGCGCCUAAGGAGAAACUCAAGCCACAAGAAGCACAGGCAAAUAUGAUGAGGCAGGACAUAUCAGUCAAGGCAGCAUCUGAGCUCCUCAUGAAGCUCUCAGCUGAGAGUUACAAGGAAACCCAGACUGUAAAGAUAAAAGAAGAACCAAUGGAAGUUGACAUUCAUGAUUCACAGACUUCAGUGUCACCCAGCCAACCCAGCCAAAAUGUUGGCUACAGCACUUUAUUAGGGCGAGACAUUAGUGAGCACAUCCAGAAGGCACCAGAAGGUCGUGUGAUCCCAGAACGAAAUCUGUUCAGCCAGGAUAUAUCAGUGAAGAUGGCAUCUGAGCUGCUCUUCCAGUUAUCAGAAAAGGUGAGCAAAGAGCACAAUCACAAUAAAGAUAACACCAUCAGAACUACAGUCAGCCCUUACUUUUCUGAAGACACAUUUAGACAAUCACCAUUCACUUCCAACUCAAAAGAUCUCCUGCCUAACGAAACUGCUCUUCAUGGAAGGACAUCUGCACCAGAAACAGAAAAGCUAGGGUUGGAGGCAGGAAAUGGAUUGCCAUCGUGGAAAUUUAAUGACCAGCUCUUUCCCUGUGAAGUGUGUGGAAAAGUGUUUGGUCGACAGCAGACUUUGUCCCGACAUCUCUCACUGCACACAGAAGAGAGAAAAUACAAAUGCCACUUGUGCCCCUACGCUGCUAAGUGCCGUGCUAAUCUGAACCAGCACCUGACCGUCCAUUCUGUGAAGCUGGUGAGUACAGACACUGAGGACAUUGUCAGCGCUGUCACUUCUGAAGGCAGUGAUGGAAAGAAGCACCCUUACUAUUACAGCUGUCAUGUGUGUGGGUUUGAGACGGAGAUGAAUGUCCAGUUUGUCAGUCAUAUGUCCCUUCAUGUGGAUAAGGAGCAGUGGAUGUUCUCGAUUUGCUGCACAGCUUGCGAUUUUGUCACCAUGGAAGAGGCAGAUAUGAAGGCUCAUGUCAACAGCAAGCACACAGCUGAGGAGAGGAAGACACCCAGUGAAUCUAACAGUCCAUCUUCAUCUUCACUGUCAGCACUCAGUGACUCUGCUAACAGCAAAGAAGAUGCAGAUGUAUCUCCAAAAAACAAGGGUUCAAACAAUCUGCUGGUCAUUUCUGUAGUGCCUGGUACUCAGACCUCACUGAAUACUGAAGAGAAGUCAGAGAAAGGCUUUGAAUGCGUUUUCUGUAACUUUGUCUGCAAAACAAAAAAUAUGUUUGAGCGCCAUCUGCAAAUCCACCUGAUCACACGGAUGUUUGAGUGUGAUGUGUGCCACAAGUUCAUGAAGACACCCGAACAAUUAUUGGAGCACAAGAAAUGCCACACUGUCCCCACUGGUGGGCUCAAGUGCCCAUUCUGCAUCUACUCCACUAACCGCCCUGCAGCAAUGGAGUGCCACCUGAAGACUCACUACAAGAUGGAGUACAAAUGUCGGAUCUGCCAGACAGUGAAAGCGAAUCAGCUGGAGCUGGAGAUGCACAUCCGAGAACACCGCCUUGGCAACCAUUACAAGUGCGACCAGUGUGGCUACCUGUCCAAGACCGCCAACAAGCUGAUUGAACACGUGCGUGUCCACACUGGUGAGCGCCCUUUUCACUGUGACCAGUGCAGCUACAGCUGCAAACGCAAAGACAAUCUCAACUUGCACAAGAAACUGAAGCAUGCUCCACGCCAGACUUUCAGCUGCGACGAGUGCCUGUUCAAGACUACCCACCCUUUUGUUUUCAGCCGCCACGUGAAGAAGCACCAGAAUGGGGACUGCUCUGAAGAGGAGAAGAAAGGCCAGUAUUCAACCUCUAAGGAAGCCAGUCCACUCCUACCGGUGAACAGCUCUAGAAACCUCUUGUCACCCCUCUCAGUUAUGUCUGCCUCCCAGGCUCUGCAGACAGUGGCUAUGUCAGCUGCACAUAGCAGUGGGGCAGAACCAAACUUGGCAGUGAAAGCCUUGGCCAUCAAUGGCACCUCCCUGUGCUUUGAUAAAUAUUGGAACUCAGAGUUUGCCCACCUUAUUCCUCUAACAAUGUUUUUCCCCAAAAACCACUACAGUCUCACAUUCCAUCCACCCAGACCUCAGACUGCACCGGGAGGUGCCUCUUCACCUAAACACUCCUUCCUUGCCUACCUUGGACUAACAGAAAGGGCAGAAACUGUCUGAGGGCAGUUACAUUCUGUACCAAAAAUAUCCCAACAAACCCAGCAGGUAUACAUACAUUGCUGCAAAUCGUAAACCGAAGAGGUAAUGAACAUUUGUACUAUAUCAGUAGUAAGGUUUAGAAAAUGGCUCUGUGUAUACUUAUUGCAAUGACAUGAAAGCUGCUUUAUUAAAUCUUCAAGAGGUGACCUACUGCAUACUUCUACCUUCAGCAUGUUCCCAGUACUCUUAUCUAAGAAACUAUUUUGUCUUGUUAAGCUGAAAAAGAGUGUCCUUACUGGCAAUCAGCGCUUGUAAGAUGUCAUAUUGAUGCUUUUUUUUUUUUUUUUGUCUUUGUGUGCGUAUGGGUGUGUGAAAGAGAGUCUGUAAGCGUGCCAUGACACUGCUUUUGCACAUCCCCUAUACUGGUUUAUUUAUCUAUUAUUUUUCUCCCUUGAACACACUCGUUCCCUCCCUUCCCUCUGUAUCCCCCUGAACUGUAGAGUUGGGGCGGGAGUAACUCUUGGUCUGGGGUUGACUGGUGUCAUUAUUUCAGUGCUGCAAGCAGCAUCGUUUAGUUGUUUGAUGCCUUGUAUUGAGUUGUCAAGGUUUGAGGAUUUGGGGUAGAGCUGAUAAGGAAGAAGUGGCUUUCAGCACUGCAGGACGAGAGUAUAACAAUGAAAAUGUGUGUGUGUAUACACCUACACGUGCAUGUGCAGUGUACACACUCACACAGCAGGCUUACUUCUUAGCUGUUACGCAGGUGUAACAGACACCUGAGUCUGGGCCAUAGCAUACAUCUUUUGUUUUAAAAGGACAUAUAAAUAUUAUAUAUAGAUACAUAUAUGCUGUAUUAUGCAGUGGUUACCUUUUAGUUUGCAGGAACAACUUGUUUAAGUAGAAAUCUAUGGUGGAAAAAAUCCAACAAAGGGGAUUUUACAAAGGGUAUGGAUAAAUUCUGGGUAUAAAUACUCAGACUAAAAAAAAAAAA